GCCUAAAUUGAACCCCAAACUACGUCCACUACAAAUUUUUAUAAGCCUAGCCUGUUAUUUCAUAAUUAGCAUUAAUACAUGUCUCCGACAUCGCUACCCCCCCUUUUUUUUUUUACUUUCAGAUUUUUCUCGGCCUCUGGCGGACCGGCGGGCUAGCCCGCCCGGGAUCGACCGGCCGGACCGACCGGCAGCGCAUCGCAGGCCAAUUAUUGCGCAAUUGCCAGAGACUUUUUUGACCGAGCACGGAGACCUGAUAAAUCAUCUUUUGGUUUUGGUAUCGAAAUGGCAGAACUUAUUUCGAUCAAGAGUGUGGAGGACUUUGGAAAAGAAGUAGAACAAACUGUUAGUGGUCUAUUGGUGGUUCACUUCAGGGCGCAAUGGGCCCCUCAGUGCCAGCAGAUGAAUGAGGUCAUGCUUGAACUGGCCAAGGAACAUCCACAGGUUCGCUUCUCAACGGUUGAGGCUGAAGAACUUCCAGAAAUUUCUAAAGAGUACAGCAUCGCUGCAGUCCCCACGUUCAUUUUAAUCAAGGGAAAGAAAGAAGUAGACAGAUUAGACGGAGCUAAUGUACCGAAGCUUACCAAGAUGGUCCAACACCAUGCAGACCCCAAUGCCAGUCCUGUCAUGUUACCAACAUCAUCACAACCACCUCAAGAGGACCUUAACACAAAGUUAAAGAGACUCAUAAAUGCCGCCCCCUGUGUUGCGUUUGUGAAAGGAUCUCAACAGGAGCCAAAAUGUGGCUUUAGUCGGACACUGAUGGGACUAUUAGAUGAACGUAAGAUUGACUACAGUACGUUUGAUAUCCUGGGCGAUGACGAAGUAAGGCAAGGAUUAAAGAAGUAUUCUGAUUGGCCAACGUUUCCUCAGGUGUAUGUAAACGGGGAGCUGAUUGGUGGACUGGAUAUUAUCAAGGAGCUAGAUGCUAGCGGGGAACUUGACCAGACUCUUCCUAAGAAAACAAACUUAGAAGACAGAUUAAAGGGACUGAUCAAUCGAUCGCCGGUAAUUCUUUUCAUGAAGGGACAUCCUGGUGAACCUCGCUGUGGAUUCAGUAGGACUAUCACUGCAAUCCUCAAAGACACAGGGAUCAAAUAUGAUACAUUCGACAUCCUCCAAGACCAAGAAGUUAGACAGGGGUUAAAGACGUUUUCUAAUUGGCCAACGUUUCCACAGCUUUAUGUAAACGGUGAGCUGAUUGGAGGAUUAGAUAUUGUUAAGGAACUGCAAGAGUCAGGAGAAUUGGUGAAUAUAUUACAAGGGUGAAUCAUGUUCUCUUCCUGUUUUGGUAAUUAAAGCCAUCUGUUAAAACUCUGGUGGUUCUGCUAUUUCCAUCUUUGUCUGUCUCGUCAUAGCCACCAUAUGUAAAUACCAUCCCAUCAAAAGGAGAAGUUAACAAACAGGUAUUAAGGUUCCAACUUUUGGAAAGUAUUUUGUAAAACCUGCUUUUAAUAUUUAAAAGAUCUUUUGAAUGACUAGAGUAUGGCAAGCCAAGUGUAUUUACUUGUUACUUUUAAAGGUCAAGUCUACUCCAGACAAAUGUUGAUUUGAAUAAAUAGAGAAAAAUCUAACGAGCAUAAUGCUGAAAAAUUCAUCAAAAUUGGAUGUAAAAUAAGAAAGUUAUGACAUUUUAAAGUUUCGCAUAUUUUUCUCAAAACAGUUAUAUGCACAACUCAGUGAUAUGCAAAUGCGAGAGUCUAUGAUGUCCAUAACUCACUAUUUCUUUUGUUUUUUAUUGUUUGAAUUAUACAAUAUUUCAAUUUAUACAGAAUUGACAAUAAUUCAGGGAAGAAUAAAGCUCGAUUUCAAAUGACAUGGGUGAGAAAAUCAGAAUAUUUCGUAUUUCAGAUAAUAAAAUACAAAAGAAAUAGUGAGUGCGUGAUGUCAUCAGUCCCCUCAUUUGCAUACUGGCCAGGAUGUGCAUAUAACUGUUGUGUGAAACUAUAAGCGAAACUUUAAAAUGUCAUAACUUUCUUAUUUUACAUCCUAUUUUGAUGGAAUUUUCAGUGUUAUGAUUGUUGGAUUUUUCUCUUUUUAUUCAAAUCAACUUUUUGUCGGGGUGGACUUGUCCUUUAAGUAUGAUAGCAAUAGUUUUUUAUGUUGACUCUGACAGACAAACAAACAAACGAGCAUACAUUUUGUUGUAAAGUUUAUAUUUCAAUCAAUGUUAGAUUUCUGUUGGAAGUUUACACUUUACAGAUCGAUUCUGGCUGUAGCAAAUUAGUUUACAGUUCCUUGUUAUAAGAAGCAGAUCAGCUAUUAUUUGCAAGAUAUAAAUAUACGAUCGAUAACAAUUUUUUUUUGCAACACCCCAUUAGUGUCUCUUGACACGCAGUUAUUGUGAAACCAAAAUUACAAUUAUGAUUGCAAUUACCAACAGGAGAAUGCCUCCUCAGUCACUUCAAUGUCAUUCAUUUGCAUACUCUACAAAGAGGAAGUCUAUACAAUCACGCACCAAGGUCUGACAGAUAGAGGAAGAUUUGAGGGUAGGGUGAAAAAUCAACCAUUCCCCAGAACAUGAAAUAAUGUUCUCCAAUGAAAGUCAUGAUGAUAAUAGAUAUUCAGUUCAUAGUUAAAGAAAAAAAAAAGUACUGUAUACAGGAUUUAACAUGUUUUUUUUUUACAGCACUCUUGACUUGAACAGGAUUUCUUUGAAAUAAUUUGAAAGAAUUCAAUUAUUCAUGUUGAUAUAUGUUAUAUGUUCUUCCAGUCGAUACUUUGAUGUUUAGACUUGUUUUAAUUCUUAUAAUAUUAAUUGCAGUCUUAUUAGGCAGUUUUAAGUGAAUUAAAACGCAGUGUAAAAGACCACAAUUGUUCUGAUUUAAUCAAAAUAUUGCCCUAUUCAUUUCUAAGAAUGUUAAUGUUCUUGUUGUGUUGUCUGUAUUUUUUGCAUAUCCGUUGUCUUAAAUUGUUGGGGGGGGGGAGUGGGGGAGAGUGAAGUAUAGAGAGAGAGGGCCACACAUCUGCCAAGUAUUCUGAUUUAUUCAGAAUUUUAUCCUGUUUAAAUAGUCUAAAUCAUUUAGAUUCAUGGGUCCGUAUUCUGAAGUCGGGUUUAACUUAAACUCAGGUUUAAAGUUGUGGUUUAAGUAUGGAAAGCCAAUUGUUCCAUAAAUCACUAACAGUAGAGAUAUCAUACUUCAGCUCAUUUGGCUCACAAAUCAUUCAUAAUUGUCUAGGAAGUAUAAAAAGAUUAUUUCUUUACCAUCGAUGAAUCAGGAAAGAGGACAGUAAACAUAAGAAACAUACAACUUAAUAAAUAAUUUUGAUACUUUUGGCUUCCCAUACUUAAAACACAACUUUAAACCUGAGUUUAAGUUAAACCUGACUUCAGAAUACGGGCCUUUGUGUUUCUAGUGCAUUUGCAUAUUUCUUUGACUAUCUCAUAUGUGCAAAAUUCAAAGCGGUAUUUUGCUUGAAAAGUGAAAUAUACCAUGGGCCCGUUGACUUUUGCCAUAAAAAAAACUCUGAAUAAACAAAAACUCUGGCAAACAAAAUUAUGCCAUUGAAAAUUACACAUUAAAAAACUCUGUCAAAAAAAUUGCCAGAGUUUUUUAUGGCAAAAGUUUUAUGCAACGGGCUCCAUGUGUCAACAUGAUUUAUUAAUGUCCUGCUAAUGUUUGUGUAAAAUACAUUUCUGCUGGUACAGCAUAA